UGUUCUUCCUUUGUUUUUAUGUUGGGUUCUGAAUAAGAAAAUUGCGGAAUUAUUUGCCUUCGUUUUUUUCCAUUCGUUGGGAUAUCGACUGACGAUGAUUUCGGGUAUUACUUUCGGUUGAUGAUUGGGGGGAUUACUUUGUUCUUUGAGAAAUGUAAUUCGUCUAAAGCGUAAGAUCUGGUUAACUAUCUUGUGUAUUUUGUUCUUCUUCGGGAAUUUUCUUUUAGUGAAUGAUCAUUGUUGAAUUUUUCGAUAAAGCUUCCGUCUUUUCGAUUAUCCUUCUUCCCCUCGAAAACCCGUUAGUGGCAGUUGGUGGUAGUCGUUUGCUUCGUUUGCAUAAUUAAAUUGCGAGACAUUAUUUGCGUAAUUCUGAAGUUUGUUUGGGUGACCGAGCGUUGCAAAAGGAUAAUCGAUUUAUAUUUAGUUAGAAAUUAUAGAGAAAAAAUCGUCUCUUGAUUUAGCAUAUCUUGUUAACGCAUCUCUUCUGUAAUUGGUUGUAUAAAUGUUUCAUUUCCAACGUGUGAUCUGCUUGGAUAUGAAGGGGAGAAAAAGAAAACAUUUUCGUCCUUUCUUGAUGAUCGUUGUUCCGAUAAUUUCUUUUGGAGAGGGUGAGUGGUGGUGGGUGGGAAAGAGUAAUAUGAUUUGGUCGAUUUUGUUCGUCUGUCGUGACUUUCGAUGGCGGAAUCUUGCAGAGGCAAAUGUAAAUAACUGCAGUGAUAGAUGUGUUAUGAGUAUGUAUAACGAUGCUCGUUUAUUCUGUUUAAUCAUUGAACCCUGGUAGGCUGACAUGGAAAAAAAAUGGCAAAAGGCACAAGGGGUAGACGCGGAAUUGCUUCUCGACAGUGCAGACCGACACCGUAUCCGUUACCAUCCCACAACGAAAAAGACGACGAAAACUGCUCCAAACUAUUCAAGAAAGACUGGGUGGACGCUACGUGCUCGGUCUGCAUGGAGUGCCCACACAAAGCAGUUCUUCUCCUCUGCUCCUCGUACGAUAAAGGCUGCCGCCCCUACAUGUGCGACACAAAUUUCCGAUACUCAAACUGCCUCGACCAGUACAAGAAGGCCUACACCAAAGUGAUGUCGUCACAAAUCCCCACAACAGUUCAAGCUCCACUCGCCAGCCAAUCGUCAGCCAUCACUCCAUUUUCCGAGGCUGCUGAGCUGGCGUGCCCCCUCUGCAGGGGGCAGGUGAAGGGGUGGACGGUUGUGGAGCCCGCGAGAGAGGAUCUCAACUGCAAGAAGCGGAACUGCAUGCAAGACGGAUGCUCGUUCGUCGGAACAUUCAAAGAGCUUCGGAAACAUGUCAAGGCGGAGCACCCUUCUGCGAAGCCACGCGAGGUGGACCCCACUUUAGAGCAGAAGUGGAGGAGGAUGGAGCGAGAGAGGGAGAGAGAGGAUGUGAUGAGCACCAUUAGAUCGUCGACACCUGGCGCCGUGUUUUUCGGUGAUUAUGUGAUAGAAGGGAACCAUCACUACGAAUUCGAUUCGGAUGAUGAAGAUGAGGAAGACGAGGAGGGGUUUGAUGGAGAUGGUGCCGCCUUGGAGAGAAGCAACGAGGGCGGCGGUGGCGGUGGUGGCGGUGGUGGUGUAGGAGGUGGGAUUGAUCGGAAUUUGAUGUCCGUUUUUCUCUUUCUACAAGCCUUUGGUAAUAGAAGGGACGAGAGAGAAUCUAACGGCACGUUAGAUGCUUUUGAUUUCUCCGAUAACGACGAUGAUGAUGGUAAUGAGAAUGACGGUAAUAAUGGUGCAUCGUUGGUUGGGCGUUUACGUAGGGAAGGUAGGGUCCUUCUAGGAAGUUCCAGAAGGAGAAGGCAUCGGGAGGCGGAUGGAGGGCAGUCAUAGGGGUUUGUGUUUAAUAGGGUUCGGAAUCGGAAACGUAAAAAAUAAAAUAAAAAACAAAAUGAUUGAUUUAUGUGUCAUAGUCCACGGUGUAGGGAAGGGGUUUAGCUGUAAUUUUUUUCUAACAUAUGCAUGCACAUUUUACUUUACUUCUCUCUCUGCUGCUGAUGUCUUCAUACUUGCUUGAGUAUGGAGGGUGAAUAAUAACUGUCUGAUGUAAUUUUAAUUUGUAAUUUCUCAUGAUUACUUUCUUCCAUUUGAUGUUAAUUAUUUGACAUUCUUGUGAUUAUUCACUUAAGAAAAAUGUAAUUUCUACAUGUAGAUAUAAUAAUAUUUCCUGUUUCUCUUUU